UAUACCUAUUCUUACUUAUUUUAGUAUUCUGAGGAUUGUUUUAGUAACUUUCUAGGUAAUUACUGUAUCAAUGAUUCAUUGACAGUUUCAUUAUGAAAAAGAAGGUGCUGCCUCGCGUAUUCUUUGAUAUAGAAAUAGCAGGAAAUCCAGUUGGAAGAGUUGUGUUCCAGCUAUUUUCUGAUGUUUGUCCAAAGACUACAGAGAAUUUCAGAUGCCUGUGCACUGGGGAAAGAGGGCUUGGUGACACAACAAGCAAACCGCUGCAUUACAAAGGAGUUGUCUUUCACAGAGUUGUUCGGGAUUUUAUGAUUCAGGCUGGUGACUUCUCAGAAGGAAACGGACGUGGAGGUGAAAGCAUUUAUGGGGGAUAUUUCGCAGAUGAAUCUUUUGAAAAGAAGCAUGAUGAGCCAUUUUUACUUUCUAUGGCUAACAGAGGAAAAAAUACAAAUGGAUCCCAGUUCUUUGUAACUACUCAACCAACACCUCAUCUGGAUGGAGUUCAUGUUGUUUUUGGAAGAGUUGUGACUGGCAAAAGCAUCAUUAAGAAAAUAGAAAGUCAACCAACAGAUGCUAACAGUCGUCCUAACAAUGAAUGUAAAAUUGUUCACUGUGGAGAACUUGUUCUUGCCAAAACUAAAAAAGUUAAAGCUAAGAAAAUGAAAGAUUCAGUCAAGGAUUCUGAUGAUGAUUCUAGUGAUUCUUCUAAAGAUGAUUCUUCUGAUUCUGAAGAAGAGAUUAAAAAGAAAAAAAAGGAAAAAAAGAAAAAGAAAAAACAUAAAAAAGAGAAGAAAAAGAAGAAAGCUAAAAGUAAAGAUAGUUCGGAUGAGGAUGUGAAAGAGGAUCCAGAUAGUGCACGUACUGUUAGUUCAAUCAAAGCAGACGAAGUUCCACCUGUGCCGGAACAAAAAUUUUUGAUGCGAGGAGAACAAACUAAGAAAGAUGACGAGAAAACACAAGACAGUGUAACACCAAGCUCUGUAAGAAGUCAGGGACGGCAAUGGCGAACGAGGUCUGGACGAAAAGUGAAGGGCCGUGGAGUUAUGCGAUAUCGCACACCGUCCAGAUCUCGAUCAAGAAGUCCUUAUAGAAGCAGUAGGAGAAGCAGCUAUCGUAGUAGGCGGGACAGUGAGACUCCACCUCAUUGGCGGGAAGCCCAACGAGGUCAACGUCCUUUGAAGGAGGUUACUGGCCGCUCGCUUGGUUCACCUGAUAGCGGAAAAUGGAGACAGACAUCAAGAUCACCCUCGGAUGUGAAUACUGAACGGCGUAACCACAGGGUGACUUCACCAUGGGCAAGUGAUGACGAUUCAAAAACCAGGAAACGAAUAGAUAGCUUGAGUGAGGGAGAAUGGUCUAAUCCUGAUGACCAUCUGAAUGAUAGCAAAGAAUAUGAAGAAGGAGAACUGCGGGAAGAGAAAAAGCCACAAAAAAAUGGCGCACAAUCGAAGGAAUUAGAUCUGACCAUUGAAGGACCUGCUUUGCCACCAGGGUACAAUGACAAGUCAAAGAGAAAAAGGCGAAGAUCUACAAAGUCUAAUAGUUCAAGACGUAGGAAAAAAUCAAAGAAAUCAAAAGAAUCGUACAAUAGAAAAUCCAAAACUUUACAACAACCAGAAAAAGAUGGGACAGAAUCAGUUGAAGCACAUGAAACAACUAAUUCAGUAGUGGAACAACCUGAACCUGAGGCUAACCAAAAUUCACCUAAAUACUCAGCUGAAAGAGGAGUUGUUAAAAGCAAGUGGGACAGUACAGAUGAAGAUGAUUCUGCAAAUAAUGUGACCAACACAGAGCUUCCCGAACCUCCUGACCAUAUUAAGAUACAAACUGCUUCACCUAAACAACCAGUAACUGGUGUUCUCGGUGCUGACAAAUUGUUGAAAGGAAAGAGACGUGAAUUAAAAAGGGAGAACAAGAAAAAAUUGAAAAAUAUUCGUACCAGACAUGAGAGUGAUUCUGAUGUCAAUGACAGAGCUUGGCAUGAAGCAACUUCAAGCCGGGUAUCAAAGAAAAGAAGAAUUUCUGAAAAUAGUUCUGUAAAAUCAUCACCAUCUGUAACCAGAAAAUCUGGGAGGAUAGGAAAGCCUUCAUCAUCAAAGAAAAUUAACAAAUCAUCAAGGCAAUCCUCAGCAAGAUUAUUCGAGCAAGCUCGUAACGUUCUUUUAAAAGCAGAAGCUGAACUUGCUGCUAUUGGUUAUCAUAAAGCAAGUAGUUCAUUGAGUGGGAAAUUGAGACACAGAUCUCGAUCCCGUAGAUACUCAUCGUCCAGAUCUAGAUCAAGGAGCAGAUCUGGUGAGCGAUACAGACGUCAGGAUUACUCUCGGGAUAGACGAAGAAGUUACACUAGAUCGAAUUCACGGUCAAGACACUCAAGAAGAAGAAACUCAUCCUCUCGGACUAGUUCCCACUCGCGAUCAAGAUCACCCAAGAGAAGAGGAAGAUUACAUAGAGCAUCUUCAAAAUCUUCUGGGAGAAGAAGUUCAACUUCAAGAAGCAGCUCAAGAUCAAGUCGAAGUGCGAGUCAUUCUUCUUCUCGCUCAUCUUCAACUUCGCGAUCUUCUCGUUCAAACACUUCAUCUUCAUCAAGAAAGAAAACAAAGUUAUCGCCCAACAAAAAUGGCUCCAAUACGAAAAUUUCUACUGUUAAUGUGAAUAAAGUAAAAGUACAGAAGAAUACUGAAGACAAAAAUUUGAAGGAAAAAACUGCAGGAAAAGUUCAGAACAAUUCAUCAUCUGCUGAAUAUGAUCCCUAUUCUGAAAAAAGUAGAUUAAAGAAUAAAAUGAACAAAUCAAAGAAAGAAGAUAAACCUAAGGCUGUUAUGACGGCUGCAAGUGUACGUAAAGCUGAAAAAGUAAAAAAACAGAAGAAAUUGAAGGCAGAACAGUUGUUGUGGCAACCUCCGUUAGAAUUUGGGGAAGAAGAAGAAGACAAUGUAGAAGAGAAAUCUCCAAUCAAAAAUUCCAUGAAACCAAACAAAGCUAUGAAGAUUACAAAGCACAAUGGAAAGAAAAGUAUUGAAAUGAAAGCUGAAAAUCAAAAUGAUAUUCAAUUCGAUUCUAUCCAAGAAACCUUGGAUAAUGGAUUUCAAGAAGAUGAGAUCGAUAAAAUGUUGUCUUCUGGUAUUGAUAGGACUAUUUCAACAAAUGGUAAAGCAUCUGUAAAUGUUUUUGAAAAAAGGGCAAAGUCAUUGUUAGAAUUUAAGAAACGACAAAAAGGGGAAAGCAUAAACAUAAAGACGGAACCGGAAGAAAUAGAAAAUAAUUUGUCAAGUUCAGAUGUUCAUGGACAGAUGGAAAACAAAGUAACUGUUGGUUUUGGAAAAAUGCCAAAGUUCACACCAAAGCCAAAAGUGAUUAAGAUGGAACCUUCUACAGAAGUUAAGAUUGAGAAAAGUGAAGAACAACACUUUGACGCAGAUUUAGACAGCAUUUGGCCCGAAGAUAAUAUCACUAAACUCAAUGAUAAGAGUAACUCAGUGGAAACAAAGAUAUUGGAUAAUUUAAAAAAAGAAAAUACUGAUGAUCAGAUAAAUAACAGGAAUAAUAACGCACAAAUGCAUCAAGAUUUACAGACCAAAAAAGAAGUAAAAAACCUGCCAUCUUUUCGUGCUCAACAAUAUGAUCUCGCCAGGGAGGAUACUGAAUCUAGUGAAAGCGAAGAAGACUGGACUCCUGCUAAUUUACAAUCUACUAAGAAGACGAUAAAAAUUAACAUCAAACUUCCUGCACAGCCACCGCUGACAGAGGAUAAAAAUAACAAUGAAAAACUAAAAAAUGAAAGUAUUGAUGACAAUCAACAAGAAAAUAAUAUCAAAAAGAAACAACGUAAACAUAAAAAGAAGAAAAGGGAAAAGAAAAAAGAAGAAAUUACGUUGACUUCAUUUGAAAUGAUUGCUAGAAGUUUGAGAAAACAUCGUGAAAAGGAAAAUGAACCCAAAACUGAUAAUAACAAACCAAAUAAUGAUGAUAUUACGCAACCACAGAUUACAGAUAAUACCAAAUCACAGGAACCAGAAAGUAUUUCAGCUGAUGUUACGAAUGAAGAAACUACAACUACAAGUGACGUUCCAGAACCUGAAAACGAUUUUCAAAAAAACAGUGCAAUGUCUCCAAAUCAGGCUCUAUUUCCUACAACAUCUCAACAGGCAAGAAUGUCUUUCCCAACCCCAUCUUACCCUUACCAAAUGUCAAUGGGGAUGCGUCCUCCAAGAGGUUACCCAUUCCCACCAUUCUCAUAUAACAACACGCCUGUCAUGCAUCCAAUGAAUAUGCGAUAUCCAAUGUCGCAUCCCCCACUUCCUAUGCCAGUUAACAUGCCCCCACUACCGGAUGCUGAUAGUCCACCUCCACUGCCAGAAGAAAAUUUCCCUUCUCAGCCUCCCGAACCCAAAGGAAAGUGUUGCAAAUUAUCUGAUGACGCUGUUACUGAUUUAUUUAAAAAGAAAAACAUAACAAGUGAAAGAUUAUCGACUCUCCUUGCUGGGGAAGACAAAAAUGACGAGAGGUUACCUUCACCUGCACCAUCAUUAGAAGAAAGGAAAUCAAGAAAUAAACAGCGUGCAUCAUAUCGUGGAAGACAUCGAUCUAGUUCGUCAUCUUCUUAUUCAUCAGAUUCAUCUCGUUCUUCGUCAAGAUCUCGGGACAGGAGCAGAAGAUCAAGGUCAAAGCAUUCUGGUUCACGAAGAAGUCGAAGUUCAUCCUAUGAUAGUUACUAUAGCAGUUCUGAUCGAUCCCGUUCAUCACACAAAUGCAGACACAGAUCUCGUUCACGUUCAUCCAGUUAUGAUUCUUAUUCAUCAAGAAGUCGCAGUAGAUCACGUUCUCACGGAAGACGUUCAAGUGCAAGGAGACGCAGCAGAGAUUAUUCAACUGAUAGUGAAUACUCCAGCAGGUCACGCAGCAGAUCAAGAAGUUAUUCAAGAAGCAGAAGCACAUCUCGACGAAGAUCUUGAUAUAAUUCAUGAUGUUAUCAUACAUGCAGUUUCCAUAAGUUCAACUCUAGAAAAAGUACAUCCAUUCCUACUGUUUAUUGUUGACUGAAAAUGCAAGUCGCCAUUUGUACCACUUGUACAGUUCUUUUUUAAAAAGAUUGUGACUGCUAAUAGCAAUAAUAGUUCACUAUAGCAACGGGGAUAGACAUUUUUCAUUCUGUAUAGACUAUCAAAUUUUUUUUUAUAGGAAUUUCAUUCCAAGCCAUUUCAUGGUAUCCAUCCAACUUUCUCUUAUGUUUUGAAGUCCUGUUUAUUUACAUGAAAGGUUUCUCUAAAGAGAAAAAUUGGAAUUUCAUUGGUCUCUAUAUCCUCAUACAUGAGCUUAUUAGGAUUGUCUAGCUGUUCGCUGGAUCCUGGUCCUCUGAUCUUGAAGCGACUGACAAAACUUCAUUUGGGGGAUGAAUAUUUGGGCAUUGUUUGGAACUGGUUUAGAGUAGACACCUUCGUUAUAAAGUAGAUAUGUUCCAUUUCAAAAUCUGAGUCGAGGUUUCUGCUUUUGUCUAAAUUUGUUGUUAUUUGCAUGAUUGCUGAAUUCAAUAACUCCUGCUGUGUUUUGAAUUUUGUAAAUGUUCCAUUUUUCAGACAAUGGUGGCAGCUAGCUUUCUAUUCUUAUCUUUUUCUUGUUAGUCUCAAUUUUGCCCUGUCAUUAUGGUACAUAUCUGUUUACCACAUAUGAUUUUGACAUAAUAUGACUAGAUAUUCUUAUUCUCUUUCAAA